CUGGGUAUAAAUCCCAUUGGGAUGAGCUGAUGCACCACACACAGCCAGUCCCCAGGAACAUCCAUGAACACGAUGCCACCACUGAGAUGCUCUGUGGUCUUAUUACUCCUGCUGGCACGCUCAGCGUAUUGUUCAAAACCAAGCCUGCAGAUCAUCCCUGCCGAUGGAGCGAUAUACUUAGGGGAAAGCAAGUACUUUUUAUGUAAAGCCAACGUUGAAACCACAUUGAAGUGGCUCACUUCUGACGAUGAGGUAAUCAGUAACGAGGAAAGUCUUUAUGAGAUAAAAGAAAUCGAUGAGGUAACGAACGGUCUCACAGUAACGGCAUCCAAGGUCGAGCUUGAGCCCAUCAUUAAAUGUCAGGCGGAGACUUCGUCCGGAGAGACCUCAACCGCAGAGCUCAAGCUGAGAGUCAUCAAGAAGCCUCAAUUUGUGAAAGAUAAAGAGACUCGGAAAGAAUUUACAGCAGAUUCAGUCGCUCAACUGCCCUGCGCAGUGGAAGGGAUCCCACCUCCCCAGGUCACCUGGUUCCGCCAUGAGAUCGCUAUCACAAACCUACCAGGUCACCUCUCUGCCACAAAAGACGGGACACUAACCAUAUCUAAGAUUCAGUUGUCGGAUGCUGGCAUGUACUUCUGUCAGGCAUAUAUCAGAGAUAGGAAUGAGAUUGCUUACAAGAACGUCUCAGUCACCGUCAAUGCCGCUCCAGUUGUGCGUUUCCAGAAUCCUUUGGUUAAUCUGACCUCAAAAUCCAAUGCCUCCUUCAUCUGCUUCGUGACCGGACAUCCAGAACCGCAAAUCACCUGGAAAAAAGGUGAGGAGCCGGUAACUCUAGAUGGACAGAAAUACGUCCUAAGUUCCAACAGCCUGGAACUCUCAAUCACUGAUCUGGAGACGUCGGACGAGGGAGAAUACACCUGCCACGCCAGUAACAGAUUGGGGGAACACAACACGACAUUGGUACUGCAAGUCAUCAAUCCCCCGCAGGGCGUAGGAGCCGGACUGAUCGCUGGGAUAGUUCUACUGAUAUUCUUGGUCACCCUGUUGGCCGUGGACUUGAACUGUUACAGAACCAGGCGUCGUGGGUUUCUCAUGUACUUCAUCACCAAGGUGCUGGGCAGGUCGUCCCCAAGGGCCAAGCUGGAGGAGACUGACAUUAAGAAAGUGACCUCCAGCCACGUUGUAAAUAUCUCCGGCAUUGAUGCCUGACACCACCCCAAAUGCGGAGUGACAAGAGAAAAGAUUCUUUGGGAUACAAAGGCAAAUUAUGGACUUCUACAAAGUAGCCUCAGAGCAACUGAGAGGACUCUUCCUUAAGAACUUAAUAAAUCACAUAUCUCAAUCCUCCCGGCCGUUAGAGAGAACUCACAAUCCAACAUCAUUGUAACAUAUUUGUAUUUGUUUUUAAAUACAUUAAGUAUGCUAAAGUCAUGUAUGUACUCUAUACUGUAUGGUGCCCAGCUUUCAGCUAGGACUUCUCUGUGUAGUGGUAGAUCUGGAAGUCUUGUAUUUCCAGGGCAGCUCCUGGUUUCUGGAAACCUCAUCUGGUUAUUGUAGAAACAUGGUGACUCUAAGCUUCCUGAGGUUUGAUAGCUACUGUAGCAACAUACCGUACAGCCUGGACCAAGAGUUUUACCUUUAACCAUUCCACCUUCUUCCACUGGUCCUCUUGAGAAGACUACAGCUUGAUGGUUGGAUUAUGGUGGACUGGCUGAGUGGACAACAUCAUGUAUGAAGACUUUGGUGACAAUAAAAAGUUAUGUAAUAUUUCUAAAGGUUACAUUGUGAUUGGUGGCUAUGGAUUACAGUAACUUUUUGCCCUACUGUAUGUACCAUGGCGCACUGCUUUAACACAAUACUUCCGAUUGAUUGCGAUAUAUAACUUUUUUUUUUUUACAACCAUCAUCCUACAAGAUAUUGUGCAAAAUGAAACUUAAGUGUCUGAAUUGUUGCAUGGGAAAUUCAUUAUUUACCCCCCUUCUGUAGAUUACCACAUCAUCAUAUAAAUGACAGGUAAUAAGGCAGCUAACGAGGCGCACCAUCAUUACUCGUUAACAGCUGCACUCAGCGGAAAUGUUACCCCUUGUACAGCACAUCCUCGUUGUUUGUAUCAAAAUAUUUGUUUUUGCACUAAUGGAUGUUUAAUAUAAGUUCCCGAAUCCCAAGUAAUGUUAUUUUUACCCCUGAAUUAUUAAUGCAUAUUUUCCACAAGAAUGUCAGGUGUUUGUUUCAUAAAAUGAAGAGACUAUAGAAUUAAUACUAGGAGGAAGAUGUCUCAUGAAGAGCACAAGUGGAGGAGUUGCCCAUAGCAACCAAUCAACUUGUGGCUAUUAUUCAUCUAGCACAUUCUAUAAAAUGAUAGCAAGAACCUGAUUGGUUGCAGUAGGUAACUUCUCCACGGGACCUCUAUAGAAGUGCCAGAUGAAAUACCCAUAAAGUGGUUAUUGUAUAGGUAAUUAGGGAAGGCCCUUAAUCAUUUGCCCACCAAAUUAUGUUAUAAUGUAUUGUACAUAGACUUUGUAUUGUCCCUUAUGUGGAAAUUUCACAAUGUUUAAAUAAAGCACAUUUUAUAAAAAACAAAAA